UAUCAGAUCAGUCCCCACUGCUGUCAGUCGUACUUUGUCUCCAACAUGGUUCAGAAGGUGGCAGUAAUCGGUGCAGGGAUUUCUGGACUGACCAGCAUAAAGGCCUGUUUGGAUGAAGGUCUGGAGCCCACCUGCUUUGAGAGCAGCCAUGACAUUGGGGGUCUAUGGAGAUUUAAGGACAAGCCCGAGCCUGGACGUGCCAACAUCUAUCGGUCAGUGAUCAUCAACAGCUCCAAGGAGAUAAUGGCCUUCAGUGACUUCCCUCCACCAGCUGAGCUCCCCAACAACAUGCACCACUCUGAGGUGCUGCAAUAUCUGCGUCUCUACGGCCAGGCCUUCAAACUGAUGCAACACAUACAUUUCCAGACUACUGUGGUCAGUGUGAGGCAGAGACUGGAUUUUGAUGCGACAGGCCAGUGGGAGGUGGAGACAGAGAGGAGAGAGGGUCAGAGGGAGACACUUGUUUUUGAUGCAGUGAUAGUUUGUACCGGACACUUUACCCAGCCGCACCUGCCACUCACAGACUUCCCAGGUAUUGAGAGCUUUGAAGGCAGAUAUUUCCACAGCUGGGAUUACCGCAACGCUGAGGGUCUGCAUGGGAAAAGAGUGGUAGUCAUUGGAAUUGGGAACUCUGGAGGUGAUAUUGCUGUGGAUAUCAGUAGAGUUGCUGAGAAGGUGUACCUCAGUGCCAGGAGCGGAGCGUGGGUUGUCGGCCGUGUAGGAGAGGGGGGGCUCCCAGGUGACCUUAUUGGGACUUCUCGAAUGCAUACGGUACUGGAGAACCUCUUCCCCUCAUGGAUCAGUAAAAGGGUGGAGAAGAAGCUGAACAAAGCAUUUGACCACAAACUAUAUGGCCUGAAACCAAAUCAUGGUUUUUAUACACAGAUGCCAGUUGUGAAUGACGACCUGCCGGCUCGGAUCAUCUCAGGUCGUGUUCAGGUGAAACCAAAUGUGAAGGAGUUCUGUGGUUCCAGUGUGGUUUUUGUCGAUGGGAGCAUCAUAGACAAGGUGGAUGUAGUGGUGUUUUCCACAGGCUACAACUACAGCUUCCCCUUCCUGCCCUCAACUCUGCAGGCUAAAUCUGGUUACAGGCUGCGUCUCUACAAGCAUGUGUUCCCUCCUGCACUGAGCCAGCCUACACUGGCAGUGGUGGGCUUCAUCCCAGGUUUUGCUGGGUCCCUGUACUCCUUAUCAGUACCGUCUGACUGGGCCUGGUAAGUGGGCUGGAGCCCGUCAGGCCAUUCUCACUCAGUGGGAGCGGGUGGUUCAGCCUUUCAGGACCAGAGUGAUACCAUCUCAGGUGCAGCACUACUGUGCUGCUUCUUCUACAAUAACCACCGCACCUCCAUCUCCUUUCCUCUCACAUUCUCUAAAUGGUCUUUAACCAACAUGGCUGGACUAUUUUAAUCUUGUCUAAAGCAUACAUGCUAUUCAAAAUCCUCCUCUGUUGUGGUGUGUGCCAAUCCAAGAAAGCUGUAGUCCUCCUUUUUCACUCCAAAAACAAGUUCUACCACUUCCUGGUACCGUAGUCCAUCUGCUGAGAACAUCUGAUCUGUUUAAUCACAAUCUUAAAGUUGGUCAUCACAGGAGGUUUGUUUCAUACUGAUUCCCUCCUUCUAAAUAUAUCCAGAUUUGAAUUAUUUCUUUCUUUAGCCAUAGCAGGUGAUUUAGACAGUAGAGUAUAAAACGUAUUCACAUUUUUAGCCAGACAGUUGUUGUAAACCUUUAGUUUACGGAUACAAGAUUUCCCACAAUCUGCCCACAAUUUCCUUUUUGUACUUUUUGUAAAUAUAAAGUAAGUAUAGCAGUA